ACAGAGGCAGAGUCGGAACAAUGGUGCAUAGCGGAUGAACAAACGCCAGACGAUGAGUUGCAGGCAGCCCUAUCGUGGGCAUGCGGUAGCGGUGGAGCUGACUGCAGCAAAAUGCAGCAGGAGAACCAGCCAUGCUUUUUGCCCAACACAAUCAGGGAUCAUGCCUCCUUUGCCUUUAAUAGUUAUUACCAAACUUAUAAGCACAAAGGUGGUUCUUGUUACUUCAAAGGUGCUGCCAUGAUCACUGAGCUUGACCCCAGUCAUGGUUCUUGCCACUAUGAGUAUAACCCCUGAUUCAAAUGAUACAACAAGAUGAGAAGCUAUAAUUUUGCAUUUAUACAUUUUCCCUAUGUAAUGUGUUUCCCUUGGAAACUGUUCUCUCAUUACUCUUACCUUUGAUAAAAUUUCUUCAAUACAACAUGCUUUCUAUUGUGCA